GGUAAAUCCCUGUCAUGUAAGGUACAAAAGCACAUUACCCGGUCCAAACUUUACAUCCUCCCCAUGUCUAUCUCCCAGAAGUCAGUUUCGCCAUUCCCCGCACUUCCUUGUCAAAAACCAGUUCAGUAUCGUAAUUUCAAAGAAUCGUUCUUUAUAUCUGCUUUCAUCCGCACUUACAAGUACGAUAUCUCAGCCAAGCUUAAUUCGAUGGCUUCGUUACACCAAUUUUCAUAUUCCUUAUGAAUCCUUAUGAGAGUUUCGCUAACGUAUCUUCAUCAUGAACCGCCUCAAAAUUCCUAACAUCUUCUUCUUAAGCAUCAUCAUUUUGCUUAAAAUUGCUUCAUCUUCAUCACAAUUGACAACUGCGAGUUUGGACUACGGCACAUUUGCUGGAGCGUAUAAUGAAGAAUACAAUAUAACAAUCUACCGCCGAAUACCCUUUGCCGCACCGCCUAUAGGCGAGAAUCGAUUCCGAGCUCCCCAGCCUCCAGCUACAUUAACAGAUGUAAUCUAUGACUCGAAUCGAAGUUUUGAUCCUUGUGCUGCCUCUGUAAGUCUUUUGCCCAUUGUCAGAGGGAGUUAAAACCUUGCUUCACUUCAAACAAACUUAUCCAAAAAGCACCUGAGAGUAUCACUAAGACACACAACAGAGACCAGAAAUCGUAGGCUCAGAAGACUGCCUCUACCUCUCCCUCUACUCCAGACCAUGGACACAAGACCUCCCCCUCCGGCCCGUAGUAAUCUUCUUCUUCGGCGGCGGCUUCAUCCGAGGCGGUGGCUCACAAGCCAUUCCACCAUCCGGAUAUCCCAUUCUCAACACCUCAUCACGCAACGAUUUCGUGAUGGUCUAUCCAAAUUACCGCACCAAUGCAUUUGGGUUCCUCCCCGGCUCCGAAAUCGCAAACGAUGAGACUUCGGACUUGAAUCCGGGACUGUUGGAUCAGAAUGCGGUUUUGAAAUGGGUGCAGAAGUAUGUAAAGGAGUUUGGAGGGGAUCCGGAGGAUGUUACGAUCUUUGGGCAAUCGGCUGGUGGGGGUUCGGUGGUUGCGCAGGUGCUUUCUACGGCUUCGACGAAUGGUAGUUUGGGCGAGACGAAAUUGUUUAAUCGUGCGUUGGCGAGUUCUCCGUUCUGGCCGAAAACUUACAGGUAUGACGAUCCGGAAUCGGAGGCUCUUUAUGAUAAACUUGUAAGUAUGACAGGGUGUUCGGGGGAUGAAAGUCUUAAGUGUCUAAAGACGAUUGAUUUUGGAAUUAUCUCGGAUGCGGCGGCUAGUAUCGCAGCGGAAGCUAAGUACAGUGCGAAUUAUUUCGCUUGGGCACCUGUCAUUGAUGGGGAGUUUUUGAAGAUCCCUUUAAGUGAGGCCGUGCGGAAUGGGGGAAUGGAUUUCGAGUCUGGUUGGGGAAUGUACAAUACCCUCGAAGGUGCACAUCCACGCUUUAUACUUUGUAGUGCCCAACGUUUAACAGAGGGUUUAGGAGAAUCAUUCAUUCCCCCAUUCAACACCACAACAACCCUCUCAUCCUGGCUGACCUCCUACCUCCCCACCCUCUCACCCACCACCCAUCACCACCUCCUCACACUCUACCCCGCAAACGGCACAACCGAAACCGUCCCCUCAUACACCACCCUCACCACCCGCGCAGGCCUCGUACUCCGAGACUCAACCCUAACCUGCCCCGCCUACUGGCUCGCUCUUUCCUCCAAAACCUCAAGUUACGUCGGCGAAUACACGAUAGCCCCCGCGAAACACGCAAGCGACACCAUGUAUUGGAAUUCCGUCAAUGCUGUGCAAGCUUCUAACUCGCUGAUUUAUAGAGGGUUUACGGGCGCGUUUGCGAGUUACUUCCAGACUGGGGAUCCGAAUGGGAAUAAGCUUACGAAUGAUAGCCAGACAGGAGUGGCGGAAGCGAAGAGCACUGGGGAGGAGUUUGUGGUGGCAGAAAAUGGAUUUGGGGGUGUGGAGAUGAGGCAGUUGAGGAAACGGUGUGCGUUUUGGUUGGAUGUUUCGAAUGAGGUUCGUAUCUGA